GAGAGCGCUGCAGCUCUUUGGUUGCAUAUUAGUGCAUAUAUACUUUCACAGGCAUAUUCGUUUAUGACAUAAAUAAAUAAAAAACGAUUUCAUUUUAGAAAUGUUUACAAUUGCUAAAACUCAAAUUGAUGAUAUUUAUGAUGGAUAUAAUGAUUAUCCAUCAGUAUACAGUAUUAAAGAUCUUGAACAAGAUGCAAUGUUUCAAGAAAUUCUCAGUACAAGUUAUGGAAAGAGACCAGUUUUUACACCAAAAGUACCUGGAACUGCUAUGCGUUUGGGUACUUCAAGUGGAUUUCAUAGGACUGGUACUGGUAUAUCGAUGAGGCCUACUACUAGUGGGCUAAGGCCAAUGACUGCUGUUAGAGGUGCUGGUUACACUAGUAGUAGUCGGCAAACUUUUGAUCCAUUAAAUAUGAGUAGCACUACCAAAGGACCUGCACCACCUCUGGAAACUGGAAAAGAAGACACACCUGAAGAGAAAAUAAAAAUAGCAGAGAAAAAAAUAAUGGAAUUGAUUGAAAGUUCAGUAGAAGCAGCAUAUGAAAAUAAUAUGAGGGUUGCCUUAGAGAGAGCAAGAGAAGCUUCUUCAAGAGAAAGGGCUUUGAUUAGACUACAAGAACAAGCUGGACUUAGCGAUAGUCAUAAUGUUGAUUUAACAUUUGCUGUAAUUUUUAAUUUAGCAAUUCAAUAUGCCAACAAUAAUAUGUUUACCGAAGCUAUAGCCACUUAUCAAGCUAUAACAAAGAACAGAGUGUUUAGUAAUAGUGCUAGACUUAAAGUGAAUAUGGGAAAUAUUUAUGUUAAAAUGGGACAGUUAUCUCAAGCAAUUAAAAUGUAUAGAAUGGCAUUUGAUCAAGCACCAACAGCUCAUAAAGAUUUAAGAAUAAAAAUAAUGCAUAACAUUGGAAUGCUAUUUGUUCAAAUGGGUCGUUUGGAAGAAGCAGCUAAUAGUUUUGAAUGGGUCAUGAAAGAAAGAGCUGAAUUUAAAGCAGGCUUGCAUGCUGUGUUAUGCCAUUUUGCAUUGUCUCAUAGAGAUAAAAUGAAAAGAGCAUUUUUAGAAUUAUUAGAAGUUCAACUUAACUUAGAUCAGGAGGACAGAUAUAAUAUAAAUACUGAUGAUGUUGCAUCUAAUAUAUUGAAUGAAAUUUUAAGAAACGAUGAUUUAUCUAAGCUAGAGAAAGAAGUGAAAUCCGAAGCUGAAAAAACUAUUCUUUGUGCUGCAAAACUUAUAGCACCUGUUAUUGAAGAUACACUUACAGCUGGUUUUGCUUGGUGUGUCGAUGCAAUAAAGUCUUCGGCUUAUGGAUUAUUAGCUGCUGAUCUGGAAAUAAGUAAAGCUAUGGUGUUUUUAUACAAUCGAGAGACUCAAUUAGCUAUCGAUACCUUGAAAAUGUUCGAAAAUCGGGAAAGUAAAGCUAAUAGUUCUGCUGCCACUAUGCUUUCAUUUAUUUAUUUUCUUCAAGGAGAUUACGAUCAAGCAGAGAAAUGCGGAGAAAUCGCUCGAAAUGCAGACAGUUAUAAUGCGGCAGCUUAUGUCAAUUUAUCAGCCUGCGCGUUCAGAAAGAACGAAUUAAAUAUUGCCAAAGAGUUUCUUCUUUGUGCAUUAGAUACAGAUGCUAGUCAUGUACAGGCUCUUUAUAAUCUAGGAUUGGUGUACAAGAAACAAAAUAUGUACGAAGAAGCAUUGGAAUGUUUUUGGAAAGUUCGUAAUAUCGUUAGACACGAUCCACAGACUUUAUAUCAAAUUGGUCAUUUGUAUCAACUUAUGAAUGAGACAGAUCAAGCAGCAGAGUGGUAUAAUCAGUUGCUUGGUAUAAUACCUUGUGACCCUGGGGUUUUGCAAAAAAUGGGGGAAAUGUAUGAUAGUGUUGGAGAUAAACAACAAGCAUACCAAUUUUACAGCGAUUCGUAUAGGUUCUUUCCUGCAAAUUUCGAAGUAAUCGAUUGGCUUGGAUCAUAUUUUGUAACAAUGCAGCUAGCUGAGAAAGCAUUAGUUUAUUUCAAGAAAGCAGUAGAACUUGCUCCUAAUGAACCAAGGUGGAGAUUACUUGUUGCCGCUUGCUUAAGACGAACAGGUCAAUUUCACAAAGCUCUCCUGGAAUAUCAAGACAUUCAUAAUAAAUUCCCUGAGAACAUUGAGUGCCUUAAAUUCUUGGUUCGCUUAUGUAGCGAUCUUGGCUUAAAAGAGGCUCAAUUGUAUGCGACAGAAUUAAAGCGCGUCGAAAAAGCAAGGGAACUAAAAGACAGACAAGGUUCAGCAAGGCCAGGCUCAAGAAGGAGUAAUAGUGGCACAUCGUCACGAACUGGUUCCGGGAUGAGUGUAUUAUCAGAUCAUAGAUCAAGUCCCACCCAUGGUAGAAAAGAUAAUCAAAGUUUGAAUAACGCUGGUGUUGGCCGAACCAACCGAAUUUCUACCAAUGAAAAUUUUGCAGAAACAGUAACCGAUGUGAACGAACAAUCAAACACGGCUUAUGUUGAUCCAAUUGGUCCUCUACCUACUCGCCCCAUGACGUCCGCGGGAAAGAGGGACGACGAUUUCGGCGAUGAAGAACUAGGCGAUGAUAUGUUACCGGAGUAAUGUGGUUGUUAUAUUCAUCGCUUUUACAUCUCACUUUACUGACUUUACAAAUGCAAUAACAAUAGUAUCCGAAUUUGCAACUGAAGUUUGCUAGCAAUUAAGUAAACACAGAAUUGAAUAUCGCACGAUUUUAUGAUUUCAUAAAUAAAUAAACAAAUACAGUAUAUCUGAAUUGACCAUAGGGACAAUAUUGUCUGGGGCAGUUACGUUGCAAUUCUUAUCACAAUUUCACAGCCGACUUUCAACAUGUUUCUGAAGUCUCGACAUGAAUUAUACUUUGGUUAAUUACACAGGUCUGUGAAAUUGAAGUUUUUGAAAAAUACAAGAGAAGUUUUCGCUGAUUUUUAUGUUAUUUGGUGUGCUGAUUUCGAAAAUGACCUCCAUUUUGUUCUCUCACGUCCGGAUUUUUUGUAAAAUCGAUAUCGAUAUUAUUACUAAAAUCUUAUUUGGAAAGGAAUUCUCGCGAACAAUUUUGCAUGUACUACCUGGCAACAGUGGUUUUUAUCCAUUUAAAUCUAUGUAAAAUAAAUAAAUCGAUUCUUGGUGAGGCAAAUUGAUUUUUCAGCAAACGAACCAAGAUAGUGAUGAGAUAAGGAUUCGCGCGAUGCUAUUAGUAGAGAGAGAUUGCGACAGGGAGAUGUCACAGAGGGGUAUUCUGUAGGUUUUAUCACGUUAGAAUGAUGGUCAGACAGGGAGGGAAGAAAUUCAACGCCGAACAAAAUUUUUUAUGGUAGUAAAUGUUCAUAAAAAUCCAAGUAAAAUUGAAUUUUUCAUAAUUUUUUUGAAAUCAGCACCAAAAAAUACAUAAAGUUCAGCUAUUAAUUCCCUUGUAUUUUUUUUCAUCGCAGGCCUGUGUUAUCAUUUCGAAGUGCAAGAUGGUUGCCUAUAGGAUGGUGCCAUACAUUAUGAAACCACAAGGGUCGGGCAAUUGUAACGAUCUAAAUUUAAACACGCUGACCAAUUUAAUCAAACUCCAUUCAGCCUAUGUAGUUUAGGAGAUGGAUGUUAUUUUAUUGCAGCUAUAUUCAAACACCAUUUAACCACAGGAACAGUGUCUGCUUUUUCUAUAUUUACUAAAUUUACGCUGAAUAAAUUCAUACGCUGCUUAUCUACAUAUA